UGUUUCGUCAUCGGGAUUGAUCACAAGAGAGGAGAGAAACGUCGAAUUUUCGCCUUAUUUCUGCAAUGGCUGAGGGAAGCGAAGGUGCCAAAACGAUCAAUCUGACUGUGAAAACGGCGAAGGACAAGCAGAUCCUCGAGAUAGGCGAAGAUGCGAGCGUAAAGGAUCUACGUGAACUCGUCAGUGAGAAGUUCAGUGCAUCUCUGGAGCAAGUCUGUCUCAUCUUUGCAGGGAAAAUUCUGAAAGAUGGUGAAAACCUAAGUCAGCACAACAUCAAAGAUGGCUUCACAGUGCACCUGGUGAUCAAGAGUAGCCCCUCUGGCUCGUCCCAACCUAACAACCGGCCUGCCUCAGCCACCUCAGCCACCUCUGCUGCCAACUCCUCUUCUGCCUCCACUCCCAACACAGCAGCCAACAACCAAGCCAAUGCUGCCAACCCUUUUGCAGGCAUGGGUGGUCUUGGAAGCCUGGGACUGGGGGGACUGGGGGGGCUAGCCAACAUGGGCAUGGGCAACCCCAACUUCCAGGAACUGCAGCAGCGCAUGCAGAGGGAGAUGCUGAACAACCCUGAGAUGAUGCGCCAGAUCAUGGACAAUCCCUUUGUGCAGCAGUUGAUGAACAAUCCUGAGUACAUGAGGGCUAUCAUCACCUCCAACCCACAGAUGCAGCAGCUCAUGGAGAGGAAUCCUGAGAUAUCCCACAUGUUGAACAACCCUGAAAUGUUGAGACAGACUAUGGAGCUUGCCCGUAAUCCAGCCAUGUUGCAAGAGCUCAUGAGAUCCCAUGACCGUGCACUCUCCAACUUGGAGUCCAUUCCUGGUGGAUACAGUGCACUGCAGCGUAUGUAUCGGGAUAUCCAGGAACCAAUGUUAAAUGCUGCUCAAGAGCAGUUUGGAUCAAAUCCUUUUGCUUCUCUUCUAGGCAGCAAUACAGCUGGAAACAAUUCUGAUGCGGCACAAGCUGGCCGUGAGAACAGCGACCCCCUCCCGAACCCCUGGGCUCCAAGGACCACCACCUCCACAUCCACGGCCUCCUCCUCCACACCGACCACCAGCACCACCAGUACCAGCCAAAGUACCACCACCUCCUCCUCCACUACCAGUGGCAAUCUUGGUGGAGGGUUGCCAGGCAUGUUUCAGAGCCCCGGCAUGCAAUCACUGAUGCAACAGAUGAUGGAGAACCCUCAGUUGAUGUCAUCAAUGAUCAAUGCUCCAUACACACAAGCUAUGUUUCAGAGUCUUGCUGCCAAUCCAGAGUUAGCACAACAGAUUAUUGGUUCUAAUCCCCUGUUUGCGGGCAACCAAGUGCUCCAAGAGCAGUUACGAACAAUGUUGCCAACCUUCUUGAAUCAACUCCAAAAUCCUGAGGUGCAGAACUUCAUGAAUAACCCACAGGCGCUUCAAGCAGUUGCUCAGAUUCAGAAUGGAUUAGAGCAGCUUAGACAAACCUCUCCUGGGCUGUUCAAUACCAUGGGCCUUAACAUGCCUCCCCUCAUUGUACCCGGAGCUUCCACCACUCAGACGGCAUCAACGACCAGCUCUACCACAACCACCACCUCCUCAUCUGGCAACACCUCUACCACACCAUCUAUACCUGGUCUUGUACCGGGUACGGAUGCCUUUGCUAAUUUAAUGUCAACCAUGUCACAAGCCCUGACUGGAGGUGGAAGUGGAAACCCAGAGCAACAGUAUGCAUCACAGCUAGAUCAACUUUCUGCCAUGGGAUUCAUUAACCGUGAAGCAAACCUGCAGGCUCUUAUUGCUACUUUUGGAGACGUUAAUGCUGCAGUAGAGCGGCUGCUGUCCCGACUAGACCCCCAGAGCUAAGGCACUGCCUUUCCCCUAUUCUAGAGCCCAGAAGAUUCAUGUCCCUCUUUAGUUUCAUCCUGAUAGUGUUUGAAUGCGUGAAUGUGUGAUUUUGUGUGUGUGUGUGUGUGUGCGUGCAUCUGUGCAUGUGUGUAAUACAUGUAACUGGUUGAUUAUUUUGUUGUUUCAUUUUUGUUUGCUUUACAUUGUUUUAUAUUAUCAUAAUCCUUUUUUCCAUAUUUUUUGAGUAAUUAAUCAAUGUAGCACUCUCUGUAGCUGAUAAGACUUGGGCAUCUUAGUUGGUCAGUUUACCUCCUGAUAUUUCAGAUUUUGUUCUGAAUAUCUACAGAUUAUAUUGGAAGAAGCCCAUGACUUGGUGUAUUACACACCAUUAAGCAUAUCAGACUUGUGGGUCUGCAUUGUCAUGCAUUAGGGUUUGCUGCAUAUAAGUGAGGUCAGAGUACAUUUGUAAAGAUUAUCAGCAAGUUUUAUCUUUCUUUGUUGUAGGAGGGUCUGUGUAUGUUUUUAUAUAGUCUGUUAUAAUCUUGUACAUAAUCUACACAACAAAUGUCAACAGCUAGGCAUGCAGUUGGUUAAGUUUCCAGUGGCAGAGAUUUGUGAGUGCUGAAUAAUAAUAUAUGAUUAUAUUUUGAUAUGUACUGAAUUUAAGGAUAGCCAGGUAUUGCCUUCAUGCAUAGAAUAUGAAUAAAAGCCGAGACAGGUGAUUUCUAUUUUAUUGAUAAAUUUUCAUGAUUAGACAUAGUUUUUCCUUAUGGUACUGAAUUCAAAAGGUCUGUUGUGAUCACUCUUGUGCGUGACACUGGGUAGACCCAUAGUUGUUCGGUAGUAUCUGCUGCUGUGUGAAACUUGAUUAAUUUGUUUCCAACUUUUUCUUCACCCAGUAUUAAUAAAAUCUGGUCACCCUGUUUUCUCUCACACAAUGAUUUCGUAUGAAUGUCUUUGCAGUUAGAUGUUUUUUUUUUUUUUUUUUUUUUUUUUCUUUCUUUCUUUCUUUCUUUCUUUCUUUUUCUUUAUUUCAUUCUUAGCUUAAUGUUGUUUUUUUUCACAAUUUUAACUUAAUGGAUGUCAAAUUUAUUUUAAAAUAUGCCAGAAAUUAAAGUAUUACAGGAAAUUGAAUAUUCUCUUGUUUGUUCUUUCAUAAUGUGCAAUUUGGUAUGAAAUUUCAGAACGUACUGUAGAAAUGGUGAUUCAUCUGUAAAAUUGAAAUGGUAGGGGAGGGAAAAGGUCUGAUGAUGUUAUUGUGUUGUACUCACAUAGGCAAUUAUUUUUUUUGCAGAAUGUUAAAGAAGAGAGGAUAGACUUUGUUGAUGUGCCUAUCUCUUAAGAAUUUUGAUAAAUAUGAGAGGAAACUUCACUUCAGUGGGAAAAGCCAGUCCAGUAGUUUUAUUGUAGAUUUUAUUUUUCCUUGUUACUCUUCUCUCUUACUAUGAGACUAGUUAAAUGAAUAACUUGAGUCAUCCAGCUGAGCUCAGAUGAUGAACAUGGGCCCACACAGCUGCCGAGUUGUAUUCAGAACUAUGAGUCAUAACUUAGCUACCCCAGUGAUGUUUAGCUCACAGUUGAGUGUUUAUUUUUGUGGCAUGUAGACACAGAGGAUCUUAUCAAAGAAUUAUGUUUGGAAUUUUGAUAGAUUAAACAUAAUACAGUAAGCUAGAUUUUCUGUGUUUGACUGAAUAUAGUAGCUACAGAGGGAAUACUUUGUGUCAGUGUCUGUGACUGGAGUUUGUGAUUACUGAGAAAAGACAGCUGACAUCUAAGACAUUAAUUAUCAAAAUGCUUUGUCUUGUAUGAUUUGUAAAGGAGUUGAUCUGGCAUUGCUUAUUUAUAUACAGUAAUCUACAGUGUAUAAACUUUACUUACAUUGUUAAGCAUCUAUAUCUGUUUGUUUGUUUGUUUUUUAUUUUAUUAACUUUUUGUGAGUCUUGUUGAAAAACAAAUUUUUCCAUGCAUAUACUUUAGACAAAAGUGAAUAUUUGUAACUAUAACAAAUGACAUCAUGGUAUUGUAUUCAUACAUUGCUACAUAUGUCGUGUUCAUCUCAAGCCAAUUGUAAUUAAAGUCACAGAUUAACAGUUAUCAGGAUGCUUAUAAAAAUUAAGCUUCCUAUUUAUCAGAACAAACUGGCUUAAUAAAUGCAUAUGAAUACCAAGAUGGUCAUUAACUUUUUCAGUUACUUUUACCCCCAUUACUUCUGGAUUACGUGAGGUGUCUAUGUAGAAAAUGAGAUGCAAGAAUGAGGGUGUAUUUAUGACAAAAUUUACUGGUCUUUAUUUUUGCAAGGAGGGUUUUUAGAUUUGGAACUCUGUGUAGUGUAGAAGAAUUGGGUUUUCAUUGGCAGACUUUGAAGCAUUCCUAAAAAAUGGUCAGUAUUUAGCAGUGUUUUUCUUUACAAUUGGUAAGUGAAUUAAAAAAAAUCAUUUUGGCAGGUAUAUGUGAUAUAUUCCUUGCUAUAGAGGCACCCAAGAAGGCCUACUCUGUAUUUGUUUUUCCCUUUCUUUAUUUUUUUUAUUCCUCUCGGUAAAAUAGAAUAUCAUAAAUCACUUCAUUUCUAAACGUGCCCCUCAUGUUCAUACAAACACUUGUUCAUACCACAGUAGGAAAAAAUAGUUUGACUGGAUGUGUGAGUGUAAGCUGGCAUUCCAUUUGACUAAGCCAGACUUGGCAAUUGACUGAUGUAUGUGCCCUUGAUGGCACUCUCUGGCCAUGGAUCAUCAACCAGCCAAGUAAAGCUAUGCAUUACUGUACCAUCUGAGAUGUGGUGGGAAACAAGGAGAUAAUCGAGAACCAAUCCAUGGGAUAUGUGAAAAUUUAUUGUGAGGAAGUCUUUUUUUCAAUUGAAAAUUAUUAGGAAUGUCUAUUCUAGAUCUUUGUCUUUUCUUUUUAAUCAGUUGUUUAGUCUAAAAUAAAUCUUCAUACGUCUGAGAGUGACAUUACAUUAAUGUUAUUAGUGUGUGAAGUUCUUUGAGAAAAGUUGAUUCAGGUUGUCUUCAUGGUUUCCCACUACAUUUGCGUCUUGACUUGAUGAUCAUCUUUUUGAUGAAUACAUGCAUGUUCUGCCACUCUUGACUCUGUGUAUGAUAACAGCUCUUCAUCUCAAGACACUGCUAUAUAGUUAUGUUGUAAGCAGAGAAUAUGAUCUCCAGUACCCCAUGUUAUGAAAUGACUUGCGUUAAAAGAUUGUAAUGUUGCCCGCAAGAAUUGUACUGGGUUUUAUUGGAAUGUACACUUUUUCAUUUGAAUAUUAACAGGCAUUAUACCAUUUGUCUAGGGAGAA